GGUCGAUGUACCGGUGAACUUUCACAGCCCUUCUAGAUCGUAUCUUAUACGUAGAUGGUCUCGCCCUAUUAUGAAUUCACACUUUGUAGAUAAGCCAUCAAUCAUAUUUAUAUUGUUUCCAGUAUGAAUCGCACUUCUGUCAAACCCCUAAUAGUGUCGCUUUGGUAACACAUUUCUUCUAUACACUUACAGGUAUCUUAGUGCCUAUAAAUAUAAAGCUCAUAGACACGUUUACCAUAUUAUAAUCAACAUAAUACCUACACAAGCAUCUCCGACAUGUCGUCUCCCACCCCUUCAGGUUCAGGAUCCGUGUCUAGGUCCCGACAGGGCCGUCGCCGCAGCCGCAACCAGUCCCGGAGACAGCAGGCUACCGCGCCACAGCCGGAUCCUCAAAGCCAGCAAUAUUCAGACGACGACAGCGCAGAAGAUGUUGAAGCAGUACCACAACCACAGCCGCAGCGGCGCCGACGCCAGCGUACGCAGCAGGCGCAACAGCAGCAGCAACAAAGCGGUGGAACGCUUGGAGGCGUUGGCGUCGGGGGGGUUGAUCAGCUACUUCCCGUCAAUAACGUUGGCGAGACGGCCAAUAACCUGACCAACUCCGCGACAAGUACAUUGGGAAAUGUUGCUGGAGGCGCACUUGACAAGCAGGGAGGAGGUGGUGGCAAGUCCGACACUUUGCGCCUUAGACUUGAUCUCAAUUUGGAGAUUGAGGUCACACUGAAAGCUAGAAUCCAUGGCGAUCUAGAACUGGCUCUACUGGAUACUGCUUGAGCGUGGUAAAUGGAGUUUAUAUUAUCGAAGAUUGGGAUGGAGCUUGGAAAAUAAUGAUAUUGCUGCAAAUACCUAGAGAAUACCCCGGGCCUAAAUCGCACAUUCAUGUACACUUACAGCUCGGUCAUUUACUUCCUGCUUUCGCAUGCUAUCUGCGAUAGUCUCACCUUGUCCGUAGAACUCGCUAAUAUCUCUAGAAAUGGUUAAAGGACGACUUGAAGGUUUUCACUAUAUUAUAUAUACGUUUUCCUAGAAAGAGUUAUUGUUUAACAGUGGCGAAACUCCUCCCGAGUUCGGUUCCUCGAUGGUUACCUAGGUACUUGUAACCUAGUAUCUAUGCUGUGUAGGUACCUAGGUAUCUAUUAACUAGGUAGAGAUACCUCCGCUACCGGUGUUUCUACAGGUCUUUAAGGCCUAGACAAUACCUGUCUAGGUAUUCAACAUGUAUAUAGUUGGGCAUAUUUAUGUUUAUUUAAUUUGUUACCUUAGGUAGUCACGAUAAUAUCACUUGUAAUGGCUCA